AUGACUAGUCAUUACCAAACCUUGUCAGAAAUUGGAUGUGGAUGUCAACUUCUUAGAGAGGAUCGUACACUGGAGAAUCUACCUUGGUCAGUAGAAUCGAUUGUGAUCAGCGAUGUGAUUGAACUCAGAAGAUGCGAUCAUUCAUCAUUCAUUGCCAUCUACAUGAACGAUCACACCAAAGGUGGCUUCAUCCAUUCCAAUCAACAAUUAAACGAUAACUUUAAAUCUGACAAUAAUAAACUUUAUAACCUUUUAUUUUUAUCAAAUCUCUCAAAUUCAGGUUAUUUAUUCCAUUUACCACCUCAAUAA